CACUCAUUUGCUUUCUCCGCAGUUAAAGUGAACUGCAGGUUUACCGCAAAUAAGGGUGUAAAUAAGGGCGAGUGUUGCAUUCCACAUUCUAGUGGUUCUUUUAGCUUAUUACAAGAAUGUGUUAAGACAGAGUUCAACGAAAAGUUAGAAAAUAUACCAACGAAAAAUCUCUAUUUUGAAUAUUAUGAAGAUAAGAUUCUUAAAGAACAAGUCAAGAAUGAGUUUCAUUUUAAUUCCCUAGUGAAUAAAAUAAAGCGAGAUGACGAAAAUGAACUUAUUAUCAACUACUUUAAAGUUCAAGUCAAAGAUCAAAAGCCAUACGGUGAUUGGAAAAUGAAAGAGAUCUCCAGGAUUUACGAUCAUGCAUUCGAGUCUAGUGAAAUGAUAGAUAAAUUCAGAAUAGAAGAUCUUCCUGAGUUAUCCGCGCAUUUUAGUAAUGAAGAAUUACAAUGCUUUUUCGACGACCUCAAGAGAAAAUUAUAUGCAUUUCAAGUGAUUUCCUCUAAUGAAGCUACAUGUCGCGAGUAUAUAUCAAUAUUUUUGACCUGGGCAGUCAACCAUAUCAGAAAGCAUAUUGAUAAUACGGCUCGAUUGGCUGUAGAAAUAGAA